AUGGGUAUCAAAGUCCUAGCAUACUUUGUGAUCUUGUGCUCGUCUCUGAUAAAUUAUGAAAUAGAAGGCAUUCAAUUUUCUAAACAAGAAGAACUUCAAUGGGUCAAUCAAUUUAAGCUCCUCAAAAAGCCAAGUGUUAAGGCAAUCAAGACAAAAUAUGGAGAAUUGUAUGAUUGCGUGGACUUCUACAAACAACCUGCAUUUGACCAUCCUCUAUUGAAAACCCAUUCAUCCCAUCCUCAGAUGAGACCAAGUUUUAUACCAGAAUGGACAACAACUAGAAAUGUAGUAUUGGUAGAGAAUAUGCAAUUACCGGAUGAAGGAUGCCCUGAGGGAACUGUUCCAAUCAGACGAUGGAGUAAAGAUGAAUUUAUCCAAAUAUCGCGAUUUACAAAAGAUUAUGUUUCUAGAUCGAAGUCUAACGCUAAUCUGCAACAACCAGGAACUCAUUUUGCAAUUGUUCAAACAAAUUCCGACCCAAGUAAAGUGAAAUACUAUGGUGUAAAAUGUGAUUUAAGUGUUUAUAAUCCACAUGUUACGUCACAACAAUAUUCAUCAGGAGAAAUGAUCAUUCAAAAUGGCAACGAUCGAAUACAAGUUGGUUGGACGGUUAAUCCAGCAUUAAAUAAAGAUAAUCGUACACAUCUUUUUCAAUACUUUAAUGCUGGUCAAUCACAUUGUUUCAACAUGUUGUGCCCUGGAUUCAUCAGCGUCAAUAAAGAUUUUCCUGUUGAUCUUGUCAUAAGAAACACAUCGAGAAGAGGAAGUUCGGUAAUAUUUGCUAUGGGCCCCUUUGUUUACCAGGAUCCUAAAACAGGGCAUUGGUGGCUUCAAGUACACGACGUAGUCAGACCAGACAACAUUCUUGGUUAUUGGCCGCGAGAGCUAUUCACCGGUUUGGCUAGCGGCGCGACUUACAUUGCGGUUGGUGGAGAGGCAUAUAGCCCACCUGGUCAGCCUCUUCCUCCCAUGGGAAACGGCUAUUACCCGGUUGAAGAUGCUACAUUAUCUGCAUUUUGUUCUAGUUUUGGGGUUUUAGAUGCAAAUCGUAAACAGGUUAGCCCUCAACAAACUGAAAAGUAUACCGAUAAUUGGCAUUAUGGAGUCUAUGAUAGGGAACAUUAUGACCAUUUCGGAAGAACCGUCUUCUUCGGUGGUACUACUAUGUAA